AUGACUUCAGUCAAGCCAAAUUAUUUUACGUGCACUCUCGGACAGGCGGCGCAAUUGAAAAGCCAGAAUGGCUCAGCAGAAUGGAAGACGGUGCUGGAAUUAAUUGACCACCAAGCUCAAAAUAUUCCAGACUCACCAGCCCUUGGCUUCGCGACCUUCAAGCAUUUAAAAUCCAGUCAAGUGUCGCCAUACUUCUUAACAUUCAAGAGUCUCUCAGAGUCAUCAAAGCAUGCGGCCCAAAUAUUAUCACGACAUCUUCUCCAGCCCAAGGACUCAUCCCACAUGACGAUUGGCCUCUUGGCCGCAAGCACCACCGACUUUGUUUUGACGUGGCUUGGCUUGAUGCGCCUGGGAUAUACAGUCUUACUCCUUGCACCACAGUUGGCGCCACCGGCAAUCACACAUUUGUGCCAGACCCUCCAUAUCAACCAUGUUCUUGUUGAUAAGACGUACGAGCAUAGGGCUCGCGGCUUGGACAAUAGAAUCGAUGUGACCAUUAUUCCUCGAUACUAUCCAGCUGAUCCAUCCGCGACGAGCUUUCAACAAACCAACAAGAUAUCCGACACAGCGUACAUCUGCCAUACUUCAGGAACAUCAUCAGGCCUCCCAAAACCCAUUCCGCAAACCCAGUUCGGCGUCAUGGGUGCACUUUACAGCUUCUCGGGAGAAGAUAAACCGGCUACCUUUUCCACCACUCCGCUUUACCAUGGAGGGUUCCCAGAUUGUCUCAGGUCCUGGACAAGUGGUGCUGCCAUCUGGUUCUUCCCUGAGGGCCAUGCACCCAUCACGGGGAGCAACAUCCUUAAAGCGCUCCAGUACGCAAGAGAGAAGAGUCCAAGCCCAGUGCAAUACUUUUCCUCGGUCCCUUAUGUCCUCCAGAUGCUCUCCGAAGAGUAUGGAGGGCUUGACCUCCUUCAAACAAUGGAUAUGGUCGGUGUCGGUGGCGCUGCGCUGCCUCCCGCGAUAGGCAAUAAGCUUGUGGACGCCGAGGUAAAUCUCCUAUCGAGAAUGGGAAGUGCGGAAUGCGGAUUUUUGAUGUCUUCGCAUCGUGACUUCGCCACCGAUAAAGAAUGGCAGUUCCUCAGACCCAUCGACGACCCCAAACUCAUUUCCUUUGAGCCACGCGAUGAUGGUCUUUCCGAACUUGUGGUCAGGCCAGAUUGGCCUUUCUUGAUCAAGACGAACCGUGAGGAUGGAUCUUACGCUACGUCUGACCUUUUCGAGCCUCAUCAGUCAAUCACGAAUGCGUGGCGGUAUCAUAGCAGAGCUGAUGCGCAAAUCACUCUUGGAAACGGCAAGAAGUUCGAUCCUUCCCCUGUUGAAGACAGCAUAUUGGCUUCAUCAAAGCUCCUCCAGGAUGUUCUCAUUUUUGGGGGCGGAAGGGAUUACGCCGGUGCUCUUUUGUUCCCAGCUGGGAACACCAGCAGUGCAGUGGUGAUUGACUCAGUAUGGCCGCACAUCGAUCGCAUGAACAGCGAAAGUCAAAGCCACGCUCGAAUAACAAAGGCGAUGCUAGUCGUGGUCCCUGUAAAGGAGGGUGAGAAGGCGUUGGAGAAGAGCAGCAAGGGUACUAUUCUUCGACGACAGGCCGAAGAGAGGUACGCCAAGGAGAUCGAGCAAGCAUACGAUCACAGAGAUUCAUCUGCAUCGAAGAGCGUAUCGGAUGACGAACUGUCACAAACGGUACGAUAUUGCUUUCAACGGGUCCUUGGACGAGACGUCGACCCCGAUCAAGACUUGUUUAAGCAAGGUGUUGAUUCAAUCGCCUGUAUCCAGGUUCGCAAACUGAUCGAACAGUCUUGCCUUUCACCCCGCAACGAGCCACUUCCUUUGAAUAUCAUCUACGAUCAAGGCACCGUCAACGGCCUGGUCAAAUAUCUUGAUAGCGUGAGAAAAGGAGGACAUCAGCAUAACCAAAAUGCUAGGGAUGCGGAAACCAAGGCAAUGCAGGACCUUGCCGAAAGGUAUAUCAACUUUGGGGACAUCAAGACAGUAUCGGAUAGUCAACCAGGAAAGAGCGUACUGCUUACCGGUGCUACUGGGUUUCUCGGAGCACAUAUACUCGAUAUUCUGCUAAGACACUCCCAAGUCGACAGAAUUUAUUGUUUACUAAGAGCGGACGAUCCUUCUACUGCGAAGAAACGGGUUUCCCAAGCGCUGAGCCAACGUGGAAUGCAUGGGCUUGACCAAUCUGAACAAGACAAAGACAAGGUCGUCUGCCUACCGUGUAACCUCACAGAAAGCAAUCUGGGACUUUCCGACAAAGAUCAAAAACAGUUACUCGACAAUGUCGGGACAAUAAUCCACUCCGCUUGGGCCGUCAACUUCAGUCUUCGCCUCCCAUCCUUCGAAGAUCAAAUCAUCAGCACAAGAAACCUAGCGACACUAGCUGCUCAAUCCGGUGCUCGAUUCAUCUUCGUCAGUUCCAUCGCAGCGGUCAGCGACUCCAAGGUUAAGCCCAUCCCUGAGAAGCUGUCACGGGAUCCCGGUGAGGCUUCUCCGCUAGGCUACUCGCGUUCAAAGUGGGUAGCGGAACAAGUCUGCGACGCUCUGAACAACGCUGUAGGCGGUGAUCCCCUUGCUACGGUCGUUCGCGUGGGACAGCUUUGUAGCAAUGAAUCGGGAGUCUGGAAUGCCACCGAGGCGUAUCCCUUGUUACUUUCCACUGCGAAGAUAACAGGUUGUCUACCCAACAUUCCAAACGAAACACUCAACUGGCUUCCCGUUGAACAGGCCGCACAAGCUGUUAUCGAAAUCGCGCGUUCCGAGCCGAAACCAGACGAUGGCACCUCUUCGAGAACGCCAGUUUACCAUGUCCUCAAUCCCCAUACCACACCGAAAUGGACCGAGAUGUUGGACGGGCUCUCGUCCAGCAUCGGAACACCAGAGUUCGAAAAGGUCUCGCCUAGAGAUUGGGUGAAGCGCUUGGAAAAGGCCCUGGGCGAGCGGAGUAUCAAUCACCCAGCGCAGGCUCUUCUUGGGCUGUGGAAGGAGUCAUACGGGCUCAUGAUGGAUGACGUGACGAGCGCAAAGACACAUGAAGACGAAUCGCCUUUCGAUGUUGUGAAGGCGCGAGAAGUAUCUGCCACAAUGAAGGACGUUCGACCGUUGGAUCGAGAGCGAUUGAUCCAGACUUGGAAGUGGGUGAAUGAUACCAUCAAGAAUUAA